AUGGAUAACCUAAAAGUUCCACUAAGCGAAAUAAUAAAGGCGACCGAUAACUUCUCAGAAAAAUAUUUCAAAGGCUUAGGCGGAUACGGCACAGUGUACGUAGCUGAACUCCCGUGCUUUGAUGGCAUUGGACCUGUUGCUAUUAAACGCACCAACAAAAGAAGAGACAAGGAAACAGAAAUAAGAUUCAUGGCAGAAGUGGACAUGCUUAUAAAAGCUAAGCAUGACAACAUAGUCUCACUUCUUGGCUUUUGUGAUGAAGCUGAUGAGAUGAUUCUUAUCUGCGAGUACGCUUCAAACGGAAGCCUUGAUAAGUAUCUGGGAAAUGGGAUUACAUCACCUUCACAACGGUUUACCGGCGAAAACACGAUAAUACAUCGUGAUAUUAAAAGUGAUAAUAUAUUAUUGGAUGAUAAGUGGGUGGCCAAGAUUGCUGACUUUGGCCUCUCAAAGUUACACAAAGGAGAUAAAAAACACAGAACCUUUGCUACCAACAAACGUGUAGGGACUAUGUUUUACGCAGAUCCAGAAUAUAUGAAAAGAGGUGGUAAGUUGAAAAAGAAAUCAGAUAUUUACUCGUUUGGAGUUGUGUUAUUUGAAAUCCUAUGCGGGAGGUUGGCAUAUGAUAAAGAUUUCAUUGGGAUGGGGGGGCUUCCAGCAAUAGCACGAAAUUGCUACAAAGAUGGAAACUUAAAGCUAUUGGUAGAUCCAAAAAUAAAGGAAGCUCGUGAAAACGUAUUUACACUAAAUGGAGGGGUGAAUCAAGUUUCUAUAGAUAAAUUUUCAAAAGUUGCAUAUAAAUGUUUGGCACAAAGUCAAGACGAUCGUCCAACAAUAGAAUACGUCAUCAAAAAACUCAAGAAAGCUUUAUACUAUCAAGAGAACUACAAGGAUAGCCUUCAUAUUUCCCUUGAUGACAUGAAGUCAGCAACAAAAAACUUCAGCAAAAUCAUUGGAGAAGGAAGACACUGGAAGCAAUAUAAAGGAGAAAUCAAACAUGGUAACAAACCUAGCACCAUUGUAGCAAAGCGGUGGGAUCGCAAUUCUCCUGAAGGUCGUUAUCAAUUUUUUACCGAGCUUAAAAUUCUUUAUGAGAACAAGCACGAAAAUAUCAUUUCUCUUGUCGGCUACUGUAAUGAAAAGGGUGAACACAUAAUCGUCUAUCAAAAUGCGCCUAAUGGAAGCUUGGAUAAGCAUUUGAUCAACGCUAGUCUUACAUGGAUUAGACGACUCAAGAUAUGCAUAGAUGUCGCAAAAGGAUUAGAGUUUCUUCAUACAAGUGUUUCAAUGAUGCAUAGGGACAUCAAAAGUUCUAGUAUUCUAUUAGAUGGUGAUUGGAAGGCUAAAAUUUCCAAUUUUGAGUUGUCCACCCCACUGUCUGACACGAAGCCAAUUGAGCAUGUCACUGAUGAUAAUUAUCGUUCCCUGAGCUACGUUUCGAAAAAUGAUCAAGAACAGGGUUAUUUAACAAGAGAGUCGGAUAUAUACUCAUUAGGUGUGGUUUUAAAGGAGGUGUUGUGGGGGAGAUUGACGGAUCCCACUGACCGUGGCAGUCAUCAUGUCGUCCACAACGGACAAGAAAUUCUUGAUGGCCUAGUGUUACUAGAGGGUAUGGAGGAACAAAUUGAUCGUAAAUCGUUAGAUACAUUUGAAGAUAUUGCCGGUUUAUGCUUAGCCUAUAGGAAAUAUCGACCACGAGUAACGGAGGUGAUAACAAAACUUGAGAAGGCACUGAAUCUUCAAAUUUCAAGCAUGGCAAAGAUGUACGAGUCUCCUGAAAUGAAAAAGGAUCUGGACGACGUAUUCUCCAAAGGAAUUCUCCUUAAAGACGACAAAAUGAUUUCAAGCAUGACAAAGAUGUACGAGUCUGCCGAAAUGAAGAAGGAUCUCGACGACAUAUUCUCCAAAGGAAUUCUCCUUAAAGACAACAAAGUGCUUGAUAAUUAA